UUCUAUAAGAAAUAAGUUUAAUUAACUGAAAAUCAUAAUGACGACAUGGAUCAGAGGGUAACUGACAAAAACAUGCGAUUCUUCUAUCAGUUUGCGGGAGUCGUUCUUGAUUUAAGUUUCUGAAACGAAAGGACAAAAUCUUUUUGAAAAAAAGAGUUAUUUUUAAAUAGUAUUUUACUUUUUGCUGUGACGCAUUUUUUUGUGAAAAAAGAAUGCUUUUUUUUUAAUUGUUAAUUAGUUAAAAAUUACAACUGUGAUCAAUGUGAAAAAAUUGCUGCGAAAAAAACAAAGUGUUAUUACAAUUAAAUUAAGAAAAAAAUGCAAAUAAAAGAUAAAAAAGCUAUUGUUAUUGGAGCAGCUAGCAGUUUAGGUUUGGCUUUCAGUACCGAACUUUUACGAAACGGCGCAGCGAUUGUAAUUUUAGUCGAUUCAGAUGAAUUAAUAGGACAGUCAAUUGUGGAGAAACUCAAUUUAGAAUUUGGGAAGAAACGAACUAUUUUCCUGCAGUGUGACAUAACGAAAAAUUCCGAGUUCGAUGCAACUUUCAAAAAAGCAAUUUCAAUUUUGGGAGGACUCGAUAUUUUGAUAAAUAAUGCAGAAGUCGUCAGUGAAGAGAAUUUCGUUAAAGCUGUUGAUAUUAAUGUUACUGCAGUAAUUAGAGGAAGUUUAUUAGCGGUUCAACAAAUGGGAAAGGACACCGGUGGAAAAGGUGGUGUGAUUAUUAAUGUCUCAUCAGUUGCUGGUCUUCAAACUUUGCCUAAUUAUCCCAUCUAUUCGGCAACAAAACACGCCAUUGUUGGCUUCAGUCGUUCAUUCUCACAACCUUACCAUUAUCAGCGAACAGGUGUUCGAAUAAUAGUCCUUUGUCCUGAAAUAGCAAACACUUUAGAGUCAAUGACUUCCGAUGAUUCAUCAGAUUUGGAAAAUCUCGAGUGUCCCAACUUUUUCGAUGCGGAAAAAGAUCCACAAAAAGUGAAGAACAUUGCGCACGGUUUGGUUUACGUAAUUAGGUGUGCGCAAAACGGCAGCAUUUGGGUUAGUGAAGAAGGAAAACCAGUAUAUGAAAUUCAAAUUCCUGACGCAUUGCCCAUAAUGUCAAAAGUUGAUACUAUUUGUGCAAGUGAUUUCACGACAAACGAACCGGAACCGAGAAGUCGGCGAUCCUCUGGUUCAGAAAAAAUUAAGGAAUUGGAAGAAAUUAAUGGCGUUGUUUCUGGAAAAAAUAUUUUAAUUACCGGAGGAGUUGCCGGACUUGGACAAGCGUUUGUCAAUCAUUUUUUGCAACACGGAGUAAAUAAAAUCGCAGUUUUAGACGUCGAUAAAGUUUCCGGAAUGAAAAUGGCAUCUGCAAUGGAUAAAUCGCAUGGAACGAAGAAACUCAUUUUUAUCCAUACGGAUGUUUCUAAACAUGAAGAGAAUAUAGAUGCAUUUAAAGCAGCAAACGCAGCCAUGGGAAGUAUAGACAUUGUGAUAAAUAAUGCUGGCAUAUUAGACGAGAGAAGAUGGGAGAAAGAAAUUGCUGUGAAUGUCGCCGGUAUGAUGUCAAUUGCAACUCUGGCUGUCGAAUACAUGACAAAAGAAAAAGGCGGACGAGGUGGAAUUCUAGUGAAUAUCGCUCAAAAUAUAGACUUUCGAUGGACAGCGCAACUUCCAGUUUACACAGCAACAAAAUAUGCGAUUGUUGGAUUAUCUCAAUCUUUAGCAGUCAAGUAUGAUUUCAACAAAACUGGUCUUCGAAUAUUAACUCUAUCGCCAGGAUUAACGGAAACAACUUUAACGAUAGACAGUCCAAAUAAAUUAUUAUCUAGAGUUAUGAAAGCAGACUUUGUCAAAAAUCUCGAACAACUUCCAAUUCAAACACCAUUCAUCGUGGCUCAGGGUCUAAUGACAAUUCUCAGGUUCGGCGAAACGGGAAGUAUAUGGGUAAUCGAGAACGGAAGUUCACCCCACGAAGUUUUGGUACCCUACUAUCGUGAUUUGCGACGAAUUUACAAAAAUAAUUUCACAGUCGUCGACACUGUGAAAGUGACGAAAGGUCGACCAAUAAGAGAAGUUUGUGACAACACGAGAACUGGUUUAAUGAGCUGCGCCUGAUACAAAUAAUACCGAGUUGUAUCAUUUUAUUUUCAAAAUUAACAAAUUCUUCAGAAGUCAAUUUCACGUGGAAGGUCUUUGACCCACUUUGAGAAUUUUACAAUCAGUAAAAAUUUGAUCAUUAAGGAUGAAAGAUCAUUCUGAAUAUUUUUAUUCAGCUUCCUGUUGAAAUAAAAUGGCAGUAAGAAUUCGAAUAGGUGAAGCAGCGUGUUUUUGCUGGAAAAAAAAGAAUUAUAAAAAAAGAAACGAGAAAGUGUCCGAGACACGAAAAACAAAUUUUAAUUGUAAGAAUAUAAUUAUUAAUGCUAAUUGAUAAAUUAUACUUGACGAGUGUGAUAAAAUGUGAAUGAUAAUUUUAAGUACACAAAAAAAUCUCAAAUAGAAACUGAACUCAAUAAAUUACUUUUUUACUAAAA